AUGGUAUCAGAGCAUGGUUCAUAUUCUUCUUCAAACUCAGAAGAUAGUGAUUCAACCGACAAGAAUCAAGAAGUGAAGAUUUCAAACCCUAAUUUGACUAUCAGCGAAGGAUCGUCGUCUUCAAACUCAGAUCAAGAAACAGAGGCUCGAUUGAAGAGGAGAAUGGCGAUCAAGAGGAAAUACAACACCGAUCCACUACUUCUUCAAAAUGGAGACAUCACAGGUGCAAUAAUUACUAAUUCUAUACUAACAAGAUCUCAUUACUAUGAGUGGUGUACAAGUAUUAGACUAGCAUUAGAGGCAAAAAUGAAGCUCGGAUUCAUCGACGGAUCUUGUAAGAUGCCACUAGAUGCAGAUGGAGUAAUGCAAUGGAAGCUAGUGGAUGCUAUGGUGAGAAACUGGAUAAUGAACACUAUGGAUCAAAACCUGAAAAUUCAUUUCCAGAAUGCUGUAACUGCUCAACAACUAUGGAAAGAUAUUCGAAGUACAUACGAAGGCAACAACGGACCAAGACGUUUUCAGUUAGGGAAAGAUAUAUCCACUAUUCAACAAGGUACUUCUGAUAUUGUUGAGCAUUAUUCCAAAGUUGUAAGUGAAGUAGCGCAAGAUGUUGAAGAAGCAAAGUUGCUUCAGUUUCUGAUGGGAGUAAAUGACUCUUAUGAACAUGUUGUGGAUAAUAUGUUAGCAUCAGAUCCAUGGCCUUAA